AUGGAAAACUGUUCUUCUUCCAGACAAGAUGAACCUUCCAAUAGCAGCCAAGAAAUAAACUCUGAUGACAGGCGACCCCAAUGGAGACGAGAAGACCGAAUCCCUUACCAAGACAGAGAGAGCUACAGUCAGCCAGCGUGGCAUCAUCGUGGACCUCCUCAGCGAGACUGGAAGUGGGAGAAAGAUGGCUUUAAUAAUAACAGGAAAAACAACUUUGCACAUUCUUUGAGGAAUAACGGUGGACCAAGAGGAUGUUCCGGGUGGCACAAGGGUGUUGCAGGAGGCUCCUCGACUUGGUUUCACAACCAUAGCAAUUCUGGAGGUGGUUGGCAUUCAAAGAGUGGUGCAGUAGAUUGGAAUCCUAAUGGUACAGGAAGGAAUUCCAGUUGGCAUUCUGAAGGAACAGGUGCCUUUUCCAGUUGGCAUAUGAACAGCAGUAACGGAAACUGGAAAUCCAGUGUACGUAGUACAAAUAGUUGGAAUUACAGUGGCCCCGGAGACAAAUUUCAACCAGGCAGAAACAGAAAUUCUAACUGUCAGAUGGACGACCUGACUAUGCUGUGGAACAAGAAAUCUAAGUCAAACAAAUACAAUCAAGAGAGAUAUAGUUGGCAGCGGCAAGAAAGUGACAAAGUUGGUACGGCUGCCACGUAUAGAGGUCCUUCUGAAGGAUUUACAGGUGAUAAAUUUCCUUCAGAGGGCUUACUUAACUUCAAUUUUGAGCAGCUGGAAAGCAAAACUACUAAGCAGACAGAUCCCAUAGCUUCCAAAAUGGGUGGGAAGAAUGGCAGUGUAGCGAGGGACAAGCUCCAUCGCUGGACUCCUUACCCUUCCCAGAAGACUCUGGAUUUACAAUCAGGAAUGAAGGAAGUCACUGGUAACAAGUCAGAAAUGAUAGAUAAGCCUUUCUUUGACUUCAGCUUGACAACCGCAGGAACACCAGAGCCCCAGAUUGAUGAAACAGAUAAUUCCCCAACGCUGAAAACACAGAAAGAAACACAUGGUGGAUCUCUUACUCACAAAGCCCCUUCUGACUGCACUGCUUCUUACGAGGCGGUGAGAGAUUGCCCUGUUACAGAAAAGCAUGAACAAGAGCUUCACUUAAGUAAGAUGCCAUCCUUAAAAUCCCCACUCCUUCCAAUUCCAGUCACCAAGUCAGUUCCUCAAAAGCCAGAUUUAAAGAAUCCCUCAAAAAACACCAAAACAAAUUCUUUUUUUCCUGGAGAACACUCAAAUCCCUUGAACAAACCUGCUAUGGAAGACAGUCAUGGGUCUCAUGUAACCAAAUUGCGAAGUUCAUGUCCUCAUGUUUUAAAAGGGAAUAAAAGUACAUUUGGCACUCAGAGAGAACCUGAUGAGAAUUUCAGCGAUACAUUACAAAAAGCCAAAGAGGUGCUACAGUGUCAUGAAUCAUUGCAAAAUCCACUUCUUGGCACUUCUAAAAGGACCAGGAACUUUGCAAAAGCAAGUAGGAACGUAGAAGAGUCUGAAAAAGGAUCUUUGAAGAUAGAGUUUCAGGUACACACGUUAGAAGAUGAAAGCGAUGGGGAGCUCUCUGACACGGAAAAGCGAGGAUCAAAAAUUGGGACCCUGGGCUCUGCCACUACAGAAAUGUUAUCCUGCAGCACUCACCUCGCUGACGAGAAAGAGGGGGAUGACCAAAACCUGAAAACAUGUAGAAAACUCUCCACUAAUGCAUGUAAUUCAACAGUUCAUCAGAAAGAACCUGAGUUGCAGAUGACCUCUGCGGCCAGUCCACCCUCUGGCUUACUGCUAGACUUGAAAACUUCUCUAGAAGAUGCACAGGUGGAUGACCCUGUUAAAUCUCAUGUAUCUUAUGAAACAGAAGGUUUUGAGAGCGCUAGCUUGGAUGCAGAGCUUCAGAAAAACGAUCUAGGUCAGUCCUCAGGCCCUCUUCUGCCUGAACUCAGUAAGCUUGGCUUUCCUGCCUCUCUCCAGAGAGAUCUAACCCGGCACAUUAGUUUGAAGAGCAAAACUGGAGCACACCUUCCCGAGCCAAAUCUCAAUAGUGCUCGCCGCAUUCGCAAUAUUAGUGGUCAUCGAAAGGGUGAGACAGAGAAGGAAUCUGGGCUCAAGCCAACCCUUCGACAGAUUCUAAAUGCAUCUCGGAGAAAUGUCAACUGGGAACAAGUCAUCCAGCAAGUAACCAAGAAAAAGCAAGAGCUAGGCAAAGGCUUGCCCAGGUGUGUACCUCUUUUUAAUGUUGUGUACUUUUGUCAGACGCGAGAGUGUGUGGAGCAGUUACAGCUGGAAGAUCGGGUUCUCUGCCUCCAUAGUCGAUGGCGAAUCCUCUAUGCAGGACUGGCAAAUGGCACUGUGGUCACCUUCAACAUAAAGAACAAUAAACGACUUGAAAUCUUUGAAUGCCACGGCCCUCGGGCUGUCAGCUGUCUUGCCACAGCACAGGAGGGUGCCCGAAAGCUGCUUGUUGUUGGGUCUUAUGACUGUACCAUUAGUGUUCGUGAUGCACGGAAUGGACUCCUCCUCAGAACUCUGGAGGGCCACAGCAAAACCAUUCUUUGCAUGAAGGUGGUGAAUGACCUUGUGUUCAGUGGCUCCAGCGAUCAGUCAGUCCACGCCCAUAACAUUCAUACUGGUGAGCUUGUGCGGAUCUAUAAAGGUCACAAUCAUGCAGUGACUGUGGUGAAUAUCCUAGGAAAAGUGAUGGUGACCGCUUGCCUGGAUAAAUUUGUUCGUGUCUAUGAAUUACAGUCCCAUGAUCGACUGCAAGUUUAUGGAGGACACAAAGACAUGAUUAUGUGUAUGACCAUCCAUAAAAGUAUGAUUUAUACUGGCUGUUACGAUGGCAGUAUUCAAGCUGUGAGGCUGAAUCUGAUGCAGAAUUACCGUUGUUGGUGGCACGGUUGCGCUCUGAUAUUUGGUGUUGUAGAUCAUUUGAAACAACAUUUGCUCACUGACCAUACAAAUCCAAACUUUCAAACUCUGAAAUGUCGCUGGAAGAACUGUGACGCUUUCUUCACUGCUAGGAAAGGAUCCAAACAGGAUGCUGCGGGACACAUUGAACGACAUGCUGAGGAUGACAGCAAAAUUGAUUCAUGAAGUUUUUUGCCUCCCAUGUUGGGAAGUUAUCAUUUGAACUAAUUUUACAUCGGCCCUUCACAGAGGCCACAGUCUUCCCUUCCGCAGAGAAUCAGGGAAGGAGAAAGUGGUUACUAGCCAGGCUUACCACUAGCAUAAGUCUGGGCAGCUCUAUGGGAUGAUAGUUACACGUUAAGUUCUUACUGGAGGUUUGUCAGAUUGAAACAGAUUUUAAGGAACUAUACUUCUCUGGGACAGCAUGGAACGUAGUAAUCUGUGCUACUAGUAUUCUCCAGAUGUGGAUUAAAGAUACAGAUCUUAAUUGGCUACCCAGUCUGACCCUAAUCAUAUGUAUUUUUUUAAUUGCUUUCAGUUUGCGAUUUUUAGUUUAUGUUCUUAUGAUGGUUUAAACCUGUAGUCCGGCUUUUAAGUACAAGUUUGUGCAAAUGCUAGAUUUUUAGGAUCACUUUUAAUUUCUUUAGUUCUAAUAACUGGGUAUUUAAAUUAGAAGCAACUAGUUCCCUUUCUUAACAAUUAUGUGCAGUGUGUUUCACUAUUCUCUUGCUUUGUAGGUAGACAGAGCUGGCUUUAAAUGCCAAAGGGACACACAGUAGAUUUUCAACAGCUAGAGUGACUGCUCUGCUGGUUAUAUUUUAGGAACUCAGCAAAUCACAUAAUGACAAGUCCUCACAGACAGUACUUCCUAUCGAACGUCUGUGCACAUUUUGAUGGGAGUGCUCAGUUCAAGACAGUGCACAGACCUAACAUCUACCUUGCAAUGUUGCUGUUAGGCCUGGGUGCUCACGCUGCAGGUAUUAUCAGGCCUUUCGAACUGGAGUGUAGCCUUUAUCUUCCUUUCCAGUUUCUGACUCUCCAGGCCUGCUGUGGGUAUGAAACCUCUUAGUUUGCUCCAUUGCCAAACCCUCUCUCCCCUGCUCUCUGGCUGUGCCUAGACUGUUGGUGGCCAUCACAUACUUCCUGUAGGCUCCCAGGGUGCUUUCCCCCCACCUGCAGCACCCAAGAUGGGGGAGUUAAGAUAAAGCAUCUGCAUACAGUCUUUAGGGGUCCAAGCAGGCUUCUUAGAGACUGAUUUCUGAAACUAGAAUCUUGCCUUCACCUCCCCUCUUGCUGGCAAAGAAGAGUGGAGUAUGAAGAAGGGAAAGACUCCAUUUUUCCACUGAGAGCAGCCAAAUUAACAAAGCCUAGUGAGACUGCUUUGUUUUUUGGAAUUUCUCUGGACUCUUGAGAGAAGCUAUAGAAGUGUUGCUUUCCAGCCUUUUGUUUCUGGAUUCUCAAAACUCUGAAAGGUUCUUCAGAGAGCUAAAGAAGGGUGAAGAGCCCAGUGCCACAUACCAGACUUGGGGAUAUGAUGCAUACUGUUUUCUGGGAUUGCAUAGCACGCAGGUUUCUCUCCACCCCUGUUCGUGUGCACACACCUACUCGUAGGUCUUCUCUCUGGCUCUAGGGCUGGAGACUUCACUGGGCUUCAUGGUUGGAUUUCAGGAGGGUAUGAAACUGGAUGCAAGGCUUAGGAUGUGUUCUUUUUUUUUUUCAGGAAAGGCUCCAGUGGUUCUUACUGGAUCCAUAAACAACUAAUCUAGGAGCUACUACCAAAUAAUGGCCCCAUGAACUAUUUACGUCUAUCCUUAUGAACGGGAAAACUUUUCUUUUUUUUCUUUUGACCACACUAUUGAUAGUUGCAUGAUACUUGAGAGAGAACAGAGAAGAAUCUCUUGCAUAAAAUGUCUUUGUGCUGUUUCUGUCUGAGAUUAAGAAGCUUUCUUACCUCUCCUCCCCAUUUCUUGUAAGGAUGACCGGAGCAGUCAGGCUGUUGUGUGGGUUUGAGAAGGGCGAUUUCCCAGGAAAGCAUAUUGGAAUUUAUUACUAAACCAGGCGUUUUAUUCGGGGUUGUAGUGAAGCUGCAUUUCCAUGUUGACUGGGCAGUGUGCUAAGAAAGCGUUGUGCACUCUGUUGCAUAGAUGCCCUUCUGUCCUGCCUGAGGACACGUCUGAAAAGAUGAGAGUGCUGGAGCCGUUGUACAGCAGGAACGGGUUAUGUGAGGUGUUGGGCAAUCGUGGGGAACCUUUGAAGGUAUGAACAGACUGAUAGAAUCAAGUAACAACCGAUUCGGGUUUACUUUUGGUUGAAUUGUGCACAGUCUAUCUGCCUUUGUGUGUGCAGGUGUGAAUGUUUCUUGUACGUGUGUGUGGGUGUGGGUAUCUCUACUUGUAAUACUUUCCCUCAUUUCACAAACAUUUGUUUUUUUGAAGCCCUGGUAAUAACAUCUUUGUUUCAAGAAUUUGUAGAAUUAUUUUAACCCCAGGUUAGUGUGUCAUCCUAAAUGCACUGUUCUAGCUGUUGAUUUAGAAAUAAAGGCACCAUAAGCAUCUUGGCUGCUUAUGGUUGUGUUAUUGCUUUUAAGAGCCUUGAAAGUUAUGCAGAACUUAGGCUGUUUUUUGUCUUUUACAGUGUCUUAACUGCUUCUAGCCUUCCGUCUUCCCUUAGAGGAGAGCGGUGGCUCAGGUUUCUGUGUUGACUUGGUAUUCAGUACUUAAGGAAGGAAGGAAAGUGUUACAUGACCUGACAAAACCCAACUCAUUUCUUAUAAGGGGUUGGAGGCCAUUUCGAGAAUGUUAUCCUUAGUUGCCUGUGCCUACUUCUAAUGGCCAGAAGCCAAGAAAACCGUGGUAUCCGUCCUUUGUUGUAAUGGCAGUUUACGACAAACUGUCAGUCACUUCAAGUUUUAAACCAGGUUCAAAGUGAGUUUUGACAUACUCCUCUACUGAGUUAUAAAGCAGGUAAACACAUAAGAGCAAAGAAUGAUCUCCACCUGGUGUUACUUGAAUUCGAGGGAACGCUAUUGCUACUACACUCCUGCUUUUGUGGGGGAAAAUGUUUUUCUGCCUCAGAAGUUAACAGUUGAGUGUUUAGCUCCUGACCUACCUAUAAUGUAUAGGCAGUACCAUUGCUGUUUAGGUGAUUAUUUGCCUAACAAAGGGGCUUUUUGGUUUUGGUUUUGGUUUUGGUUUUGGGGUAGAUUAUAUAGUAGACAACUUUAGUGACUAGGUAUGUGGAUGAUGUGUUGGGAGGAGGUAUACAACACUUAGUGGAAUGGUAUGGUAUGUUUUAUGGAAGAGAAUUCAUAGGCGGGGAGAUCACAGUAUACUGUGAAGUGGGAUUUAAACAGCACACAGCCUCUGGUUUGCGCACAUAACUGUAGUUUGUAUACGCGGACUUAACAAAUUUUGUUUCUGCUGCCAAAAGGAGAGCUCCUAGAACUGUUAAGAAGGCCAUGCCCGCCACAUUGGUAAAACUGUGAUUUCAUCCCUGCCCCAAAUCAUCACGAUCUUCAGGAUUUCAGAGUGACUGUCUAAUGGAUAGGGUAGAAGCUACAGUGGAGGUGAUUUGGUCUAUACUGAGUUCCAUGUGCAGGUGGAUGUGAAAUCCUGGUGUAAACCAAACAUAAUGCUUAUUAGACAAUAACCUCUAACCUCACCUCCAGCCCCCAAGUAUAUGGCCCUGCUGGGUCACAUGGCAACUAAAGUUUCCUAGAUUUGCUUUAAAUUCAAGGUAGUAGCCCAGUUGAAUUGGUGGGGAAGGAAGUCAAGGAGGAAAGGCUGUUGAAGAGCUUUCUCCUGCUUAAGAGAAAUAUAUGCCCUAGAGCUGCUCCAGUACCCUUGGUAUCUGAAUUUUUUUAUAUAUUGAAUAUGGAUUAGAAGAAUGAAAUCAGAUGACAUUUGACGGCAAAAAUGUUUAUAAGCAAAUAGCUUAGCCUUCUUACAUUUUGGUAUAAAGCUGUGAACUUCAUAACUUUGUAAAGCAAGAUAUAAAGCAAAUACAAGAGGAAAAUAAAGUACUUUUACUAAUUGUUUA